CUGUGAAUAGCUCCAGUCAUUGUUGGAAACACAUGGCCAUUGGUCUAAUCAAAACAAACCACAAGUCUGUGGAACAGGUCAAAUAAACACAAGUAAAUAGGAUUAUAAAUUAAAAAAUUGCAAUGGGUGUGCGUGGACUCACCGGUUAUAUCGCACGUCAUGCGGAACAAUAUUUGCUGCCAUAUGAGUUGCAUGAUUGCAAUCUGGUGAUAGACGGCGAUAGUUUGUCGUGUAAUCUCUUCAGAGACGUGUCAGGGAAUUGUUCUGCAUUUGGUGGCGAUUACGAUGAUUUCUAUCGUGCUGUGGUGGAGUUCUUUCAAGUGCUCGCUGAAUGCAAUAUUGAACCUUAUGUUUUAAUGGACGGUGGCUAUGAACAUCGUAAAUUGCGUACAGUUGGUAAACGAUUGCGAGGUAAAAUAGCUGUUAUCAAACGCAUCAAUCCUUGUGGCUCAAACACAAUAUUUCCACUUCUCAUGAAGGAGGUAUUCGUUGAUGCAGUACGCGACUGUGGAGUGUCUGUGAUGCGUUGUGUUUUUGAGGCAGAUGAUGAGUUGGCGACACUGAGUCGAAAGUUGGGCUGCCCAGUGCUCACGUAUGAUUCCGAUUUCUAUAUCUAUAACGUGCAAUAUAUACCACUAAUUACAUUGACUGUGAAGGCGCAUACAAAGCUGAUAGAUGAAGCAGAGGAGUCAAAAGACGUUAGUUUGCCACAGCGUAAAUUACGGAAAAACGAAGCCAAACGCGUCGAGAAACUGACGAAGGCAAAUCGCAUUGUAAGUGACAUACGUGUGAACAAUAUAGAGAAGCGUGCGCCGAAAAAGGGAAAAACCUACAAGUUCUUGGACUGUUGCAUAUAUCGUAUAGAGCACUUGAUAGCGCGUCGUUCGCUUUGCAAGGAGAAGUUACCACUUUUCGCAGCAUUGCUGGGCAAUGAUUACAUCGCACGUUCAAGUUUUAAAAACUUUUUUGCAACGGGUUUGGGAAAAGUUGGACGAAGUCGUAAAGUGCAGGGGCAACAAAAAAGAAUACAAGUAAUACUGCAGUGGUUGAAGGAUGAAACUGUGGAAUCGGCGCUAUCGAAAAUAUUAAGUCGUUUGCCCAAGCUGCAGCGAAAUUCGCUACUGGAGCAAAUGAAUACUGCAAUCAGUGGCUAUUCAAAUGAAAAAUGUCACUCCUAUGACUUUUUUAUAAAAUAUUACGAAAACGCAUUUGUAAGAUACCCGCCAAAGCAGCCGGAGGAUGACAGUGAUGACAUUACGGAUGAGGAAGAAAGUGUCGAAGAUGAAGAGGAAGACGAAGUCGAAGAAGAGCAGAACAAUGCUGCUGACAGUAAUGAAGAAUGUGCGGAAGAUGAUAGUGGGGAAGUCACAGAUAGUGAAGAUGAUUCUGAAGAAAUAUUAGAUGGUAACAAAAACAAAGAAGACACCGAAGAUGAUGAUGAAGACGUAGGUGAGGAAAAUGAUGAAGAUGAAUGUAAAGACAAGACAGCGAAAUUUCCCACAUGGUUCUUGGACAAAUUAUAUCCUGCACAUUUGCCACGCUAUUUUGUGGAUCUCGUACAUCUUCGGAAAUAUAUAAACAGUCCACAAAUUGAACAUUUUCCAUAUAGUGAUUGCAAUGAAAUCGCACUGCCAAUAUUAAGAUAUAUUUUUACAUUAUUGAACAGCGCGAAGGGCGAGGAAACACAGCCACGGCUGGAUGAGAAUGGUGAACCACUGCCUAUUGAUUUUACUUAUAUGGGACGACGACCGCGUGUUACGAACAUACAUUACACACGCUAUGCUAUGGAAAGUGAAACGAAAUUCGAAUUUACACCUGCACAACCCGAACCGUUACUUUUGCGAAACGUCUUCAAAGGUAGAAUGCCCGAAUUGGAUAGUGACAAACUUUUUGAGAAAGUCGAGGAACUGCCUAAAGACUUGCAAAUGUAUUUCCUUGCUAUCGCUUAUUGGCUGCAUAAAUCUCAAAACUGUGACUUAAUACACCUGCAUGCCUUAAUUAUAUGUGUAGUAGUACUGCGUACCAUCGAUGCGAAAAUACCCGCCGAACGUGAUCCACGCGAAUUUCAGAAGCGUUUUGGCAAAAUUGUCAAAAAAGAAAGAAUUGUGCGGGAUACUGAAGCACAGAAAGGCAAUCCACGUACGAUUAAGGAGCAUCUACUCAGUUUAUCCGUACCUGAACGCAUGGAAUAUAUACCAAAAUCCGAUUGCUACCUUGUAAUGGAUAGUCUACUCAAGCAUUUCCAUAUGCAAGAACUCUUUAAGAAGAAAUACGACUCCUACUCGACAAUUGUCUUACAUGGCUUUUCGGAAUUCCAAUCGGUUGUCUUUCAGUUGUAUGGUCUAAAUGGAUUGCUGAAUAUGCCAUAUCAGCAAGUAAAGAUGGGUCAACUGUUUUGUGGUGUCUUCAUUUACAAUUUAUACGAUUUGUUAAAGACGCGGGCUGACAUUACUUAUCAUAUACAAAAUUUCAUUUUUCGUGAUUCACAAAUGAUGUUUGACCUCUACAAUUAUCUAUGGCAAUGGUGCGAUGAAUUUGUGCCACAUUGGAAACGUCCAACUACGCAGUCUGUGCCGGCAGUCGUGAAUAAGAAAGCUUUGAAAAAGAAACGACAAGCUGCAAGGAAGUUGGCAGCUGCUCAGGAGAAUGUGGAUCCCAAUGCCGAUAUGGUAGAUCGUAGCGGAAGUGAUGAAGCUGCGGCGGCGGAAGAAGUAUUCGAAGAUUUGAAUAACAAAUUUAGUACUUUUCUUACUGUGAGAUAAUAGUAAAUAAUGUGUUGGAAAAUUUGCAAUGUACUUUUAAUGUAAAGAAACUCGCCACAAAUAUAAAAAUAAUGUUUUAAUAUUGGAAA